AUGAUCUAUAACCCCUAUGUAGGCCUUAUUGGCACUGUUAUUGCGCUUCUAGCCACACGAGAGGCCCAAGGGCUCUCUUUGACUGUUGUCCAGCACGAGACCCUUACCUCUCCAAUGACGAAAGGCUCUCUUCUUUCUAGUGAGAGCCCUUGUAAGGAGCCACCACCAGAGGUAGGGUUGGCCACGUGGGAAUGGCAGUAUAUUGAUGGCGAAGCAGUAGCAGUGUAUACAUGCGAACCGGGCUGUAUGACGCCUAAUAAUAAGAGGACCUUCAUGGUUAAAUGCUCGGCCCUUGGUGUCUACGUUGGGGUUUCGAAAUGCGAGAAACGAGGCUGCACUGAUGUGCCCAGCAGUAUACCUAAUGGGAAACUAGAGACAACUUCGGCGCAUGUUGCUGCCUUCAUCGACCGAGGGUCUCAUCGGCAGAUGUCCUUCGACUUCCUCUUGCCAGGAGAGACAGCUACUUACACGUGUGCCUUGGGUCACACUGGUGAUGGACUCCCGAAUGGUCCCAAGAGGAUCGUCUAUGUGUGCGACUCGACCCGCCAAAUGGUUCCGUUGGGGUCGUUGUCGGGGUGUGAGCCGGUAAACUGUGGUGCCCCUCGGUAUGUGAAAGGAGGACGGCCAGUAGUAGAGGAUCCACACGCGAGGAUCUCCUAUGGCCACAGUGUGGACUAUCUAUGCUCGACGGGCUACACUGCAGGCUCGCCGGCAUUGCGUCAUGGAGCGCAUGAGGAGGACCAGUUUACAGUUACUUGUGGUCCUGAUGGGCAUUGGCAGCCCUCACCCUUCCCUAUCUGUACGGCAGUCGUGUGUCGGACGGCCCCACACAUCCCCAAUGCGAGGCCUUCCAGCAGGGCAGAGGCGGCAGUCGCUAUACGUGUUGGGAAUCAACUUGGGUACACGUGCAAUGCGGGGUAUACCACGCCAGACGGGACGGGGCAGUUCAGCCUCCCAUGUGAGACUACUAAGAGGGCUGAUGGAGACGUUAGAGUUGAGUUUACCAGUCCCAAGUCGGCACCGUGUGAGCGAGUGGCGUGCCAUGAGAAGCCUCCAGUGAUCGCUAACGCCACCUUGAGUUCCCCUUUGGAUGGUAUUGACCUCCUACGCUACAAGGAUCAGCUCAACUACACGUGUAGUGAUGGUAAUGCUGUGAGUGGCGAGGCUGGCCGGACGACCUUGUCAGUGCGGUGCGCUGCCUCUGGGGACUGGGAUACACCUGUGGAGACGUGCGAGCCGAUACAGUGUGGAGUGGUAGCGGACAUCCCAUCGCAGUGGACCACCAACACUAACCAUGACCUCCACUCGGAGUCCACCGUUAUAGCUGGGCAGGCGGUUAUGUUGUCAUGCAAUGCACAUUCUCGGAUUGUCGGGAGCUCCUAUGGCACGGUCGAGAUCAAGUGUGGCGAGGAUGGUCACUUUGUGAACCCCUCUGGUGGGGUGUGUGCAGCUGACUGUCAAGUGCCGGAGAUAGACGGAGCCCAUGCUGUUGGGGUUGGGAGGGACACCUCCCAUAUACCCUAUCAAGGCAGUGUGGAGUUCCAAUGUGAUGAACCUGUGAAGUCCCACUUUGAGGUGUCCCUCGACUACCCUGUGUCGGUCACGAGCGAGCCCCUCACACCGGACGCCUCUACCAUAGAGUUGGCCUGUAGUCAGAGUGGCCAGCUCAGCUAUAGAGGCACACUGCUUAGCAGUAUGGAGCUGUCGUGCGAGAAGAAGAGAUGCACUGGACCUUUGCCGCUGAUAGCGCACGCCCAGGCGAUCGAUUAUAAACCGUCGGAAGGAGGAAGGGUUGAUGAUCGUGUGGAGUUUGUGUGUGAUGAGAAGUGGGCCCCUAGUGGAGACGGCGAGGUGACUACAGUGUGCUGGAUUGACGAGGAGAAGAGUGAUGCGAAGCCUCAGUGGCGGCCAGGUGGGGGCGGGUGUGUUCCAAGUGCCCCUCCCUUUGGAAUGGGGAUUUAUAAAGGAGGUCAUGAGCCGCCAAUGGAAGUUGCUGGCGGGUCACAUGAGUGUACAUGGCCGGAGGUCCCGGGGACGCAUAUGGAGAAAGGAGAGGACGGGCAGUCGGCUGUGUACACCUGUGAGGAAGCUGAUAGGUACAUCUAUGGUCGAGGCUCAGUGACUGUCACUUGCGAUAAGCUGUCGGAUGGAUCCUCGAGGCUGUCUAUACCGCUGCCAGUGGUGGAGGGUUGUACAGAAGAGGAGAAGGAGUGGUGCUGGGAUGCGGAACUUGGCAUCAAGGCCGCUCCUGGUCAGAGGGUGACGGUCUACUGUGAUGACGUGGAGGAGGGGGAAGAGGCGACCGCGCCCUCGACGACUAGCUCGAGUACUACAGCACCGCCCACUGAGUCAUCAUUCAUUCAGCUGCGGUUCAAUCGGCCACUGAUGUUGCGGGCUGCCGAGGCCCCGUCGGAGGUAUCGGACGUGAAUGCUACAGAUGAACAAUUCCUACGAGAUGGAGUCUGGGAUACGAGGAAGGACGAGCCCGUGAAACUGAUACCGUAUAGUAUGAUACCGUAUUAUAGGCAGAAGCAGGAGGCGGAACAGAAGGCCAGGAGGGAAGCUGAGGCUGAGGGUGCUGCGGGUGGGACCCGAUCGGAUCACGCGGGAGACCAGCAUGAACAAGCAUCGACCUCCAGUACUGGUCAGGAGGACCAUCCUGCUCCAAGUGGUGGGGAAGGGGGCCAGCCUGAUACCAGUGGAGAUGGAGAUCACGCCGCUGCUACCAGUCGUGGGCAAGAAGACCACGGCCCUGCUGCUAGUAGUGGGCAAGAGGGUCACGGCACUGCUACUCAAAGCGGACAAGAGGGCCACGCCGGUGCUACCAGUAGUGGGCAAGAGGCUCACGGCGGUGCUACCAGUAGUGGGCAAGAAGACCACGGCCCUGCUACUAGUAGUGGGCAAGCGGAUCAUGGCGCUGCUACUAGUAGUGGGCAAGCGGAUCAUGGCGCUGUUGCUAGUAGUGGGCAAGCGGAUCAUGGCGCUGUUGCUAGUAGUGGGAAAGAGGUAGACGAUUCCGUCUCCAUCGGUGGGCAGGAGAAAACUGGUGAAAGGACUAACCACUCUGAGGCCACUGAUGGGCACGUUGACCAGGCUGAUAUCAACAGUGGGCAAGAGCCCAUUGCUGAUGGACUGGGGAAAACUGGUGAAAAAGAUGACUACUUCGGGACCAGCCCAGAGGAGGAGGAGGACCACUUGGCUGCCCAUGAUAGGCCGGAGGACCACUCCAAACACAAAGCUGGGCAGAGCAGCCCUCUUAGCGAGGGUCGUAUUGGAGGUAGUGGGGGAGAGGACGAGGACCUAGGCGGUGGUCCUCUGGAUCGGGCUCGUGGUUCUGCGGUAAGCAAUGCUGUGAAGAAGGUAGCGGGGAAGGCUCAUGCCGUCCUCCAUCCUGGCGGGGUUCAUCAUCAUCGCCCAUCGCACAGUGGAAGCGUAGUAGACAGGAAGUACUCGAUGAUUUGUCGUAAGGAUGGUACCUGGUUGAAGCCUAAGGGGAAGGUCUGUAGGCCAGUCGUUAGAGUUAAGGAGGAGCCGACGCCCGAGUCCGAGGAAGGGGCCUUCACGUAUGCUACACACACGUUCUCGAAUGAGAUGCAACCUGCCCAGCUAGCCGUCCUGGACGAGUCGAAGGAAUAUUCUACUGUCGCCAACGCUACUGCCGUUCUCUUUGGUGCUAAGACGGAUGCCACGGCGAGGCGACAAGCUGAUGAGUAUCUACGAUGCUUUGCAGAGGACGAUGCCGCUAUAUGGGACGUAUGGAGGACCUUGCUUGAGGACGGCGACUCGAAUGUGAUGUUCAUUGCCGCCCAGACUAUGUACCUCCGAGUGCGAACAUCAUCAAGGCACCCUCCCAUUGUGAAGGAGUUGUUCCACAUCCUAUCACUUCAUCUGGGGAGUAGUAGUACCGUACCAUCUUUGGUACUCCAAAGGCUGGCUCUCACGCUGGCAGCACUAGCGGCUCGUGCUGUGUACUCUAGGAAAGGGGAGGAGGCGAUGGAGUGGGUACAGGGGGCUGGCCCUGGCUACUCUCCAGUGAGAGCCAUAGUGGACUUCACCGUGGCCUCACCUAGCCAUGUUGGAAUUGGUCUCUUCAUGCUCACAGCGCUGGCCAGUGAGUGUCGAGAUGUGGUCCUUAAAGGGAUGCGGAGUCGACAGGCGCUGCCGCCUAUCCCAGAUCUGGAUGCGGUGUGGUCCUUGCUACCACAGCUCAACCCUACAGUCGAGCAAGCACAUGACCUGCUGGUGGCAUGGGCCCUGUCGACCACGACACUGCAGUUGGGGGCCGCUUGCCCCUUGGGAAGUAUAGGUGUAGCUGAGUGGCUAGUAUUCCGCGGUAUGUUGGAGACCAUAGCAGACUGCCUCGACCACAGUCCUAAUGCUUAUUCACAAUGGCAUGCCUCUGCCGACGAGUCCAGCCAGUUUCUCAAGUGCUCCGAUGGUGAACGAGUCGCUAUUGCUGCUCUGCUGUCCUUCCUACAUAAUGUUGGUAACAGCUUGGAUAAGGCGGAUCGCGACAGUGUUGGUAGGGCGGCCCGGUACUGCAAGGUUUUAGCAUGUGCUUGGACGCCUCUGCUGUUCGAUCCUUCUGGUGAGGUAAUCCUCCCUUGCAUGGCCGGCAUUCUGAGGCUCCCUCGGUGGCCGGCAUGUGGUGCCUCGACUGUGCUCGACAUAUGGCCAUCUCUGAGGGAGAUGCGCAAUAGUGAAUGCCUCAGUGGAGAGCAGGUGGCGGCUCUGGUCAGAGCACUCGGCCAGCCUAGCAUACAAGCGUUAUUGACAUUCUCUAGGAUGGACGCCUUGUCCCUGCAUGAGGAGGGCAACGAGGACGAGGAGGGGAGGCAGAACUUACUGGCCUUCCGUGACCUGGCCUGUGACGUUACAGUGGAUGUCUAUUCAUUGGCUGAUGGGCUGGGCCACGGCGAUGCUUUCUUGGACCAGUGUUGUCCAGAUGGAGAGGACCCGUUGGAGCUCGAGGCUAGUAUCCAUAUAGUGAUGGGAGUUGCCGAGCUCCGCUGUGGUGACGGCCACAUGUCGCCUCCGAUACAACGUGUAUUGGAGAAGGGCUUGGCGGCAGUCUGCAAGCCGGAGUGCUACGUCCCGUUGUGCCAGGCUGUGGCGGAGAUGCUCACUGUUGUUACCAAGCAGGUGGCGGCCCUUCCUGAUCUGCUACAGGUUGCUAUUGAAUGGGCCGCUGGUAUUGGCCUAGAUAGAUGCCCGACUGAAGUGACGGCAGCACUGAUGGCCCUCUGCAGUGAGGAGAGGGCCCUACCAGUGUUGUUGCCAGUAAUGGAGCAGGGGCUCUUGCCGAGGGCCAGGGCUGCAGCUGGGCACAUAUCGCCUCAGGCGGACGCCACUAUGUUUGGUGCCCUUGUCUGUGUGGUACGGUCCCUGGAGGACAAGCCCGCGAAGGACCUAGGUCUGAGCACUAUCUUCGGCGCUGCACUUACUAUGACGCCGAUCGACCACAUGGCGGAUUUCUAUAGAGAGGUACUGCGAGCACAGACGUGUUGUUGGGCGCUUACGGCAAAGAGGGACUCUCGAACACCAGAGAGGGAUGCCUUGCCCAGAACGACCAAGCUGUUGGCACAGCAUCUGCGUACACAUACUGAGAGCUUGUACCGGUACUUGUCGGCUGCGGGCUCCGCGGUGUACUCAACGAGUGUUCGAGCUGGUCCAUCUCCAGCACAGAGGAGGCUGCCGGCAGGGGAGCUGAGCCUGACCUCGAUGGCCCCUCUGUGUCAUCAUUACUUGCGCUACUUGGUCCGUGCUACUGCGGGUAGUAUGGGAACGCCUGAAGGGACGGAGCUGGCUACUGCUCUCCUUGACCUUUGUGCUCGACUGCUACGAGACUCCGUCAUUUGCCCCUUAUCUAUUGUUGCUGACUGGGUCAUGUACGGCGGCUCUGUUGAGAGGCUCCUACGACCGGUCCUUCCACUGGCCCUCGAGGCCACUGAUCGUUCCUCUACGGCCAACGGGGUUCAGGCCGCUGCCCCGCUGUUCCAGCUGUUGUAUUGGGCUGCUGUCGAGAAUAGGAGGACGGGCCUUUAUGGGAAUACUGAGGUCCUUACUACUACGAUCGCGGUUGCCAUUCACAGGUGUUUGAGCUGUACUGAUAGAGAGCUCGACUCAUGGGUGCUGCGGUACUUGACCAAGUUAGUGACGGCGAGGGAUGUGGGGGUCCGGAGGGCAGUACAGGGCGAGUUCCAGGGUCUGGUCAUGGGACUAUUGAGGAACUUCACUCGCUAUAACAGGGCUAAUGCAAGCCACACAUAUGCUCUCUUUGAGGCGCUCCUCGAGACCUAUCCAGAACAGUUCCAACAGGUGUGUGUAUCGGUAUUCAAUGAUGAGUCGAUCGGUGAUAGCGUCGAUAAGAAGCUGACUGCUGCCCAAAAGCCAUUGGCCUUGGAGUGCUUCGUGGGGCUGCGGGGCAUGAAGUUGAAGAUGUUUUUGAAUGUGCUCACUAACAUCGAUCUAGGCCUGGUACCGUCAGGGGAGGCCCUCGUACCGUAUGAGGCAAUGCUCGAGGCCAGCAGAGCCCCUAGGAACGAGGGGAUCGUAGAUCUCACUCUGGAUUGACUGUUGCUAUUAUUACUACUACUGUUGAGU